CACAAAGUGAUCUACUUCUGCAAGUCUAAUAACCAUACAACAGAAUAACACAAUGAAGGAUGACUUCAUACAUUACACAGAAAAGGAACCACUUAGUCCCAAAUCUGCAAGUAAUGGCUAUUACAAUCCUGCUUUCCAACAUGAUGAAAUACCAGAGCAGAAUAGCGAGUUACAGAAGAACAAGAAAAAAAAGAAAAAUGAGGAGUCAAAGGAAAAGAUGGUUGGCAUUUUGAAAUUGUUUGCGUAUGCCGAUUGGCUGGAUAUCAUUUUGAUGAUAAUAGGCUUGAUUGCAGCUGUUGCAAAUGGAACAGGGCUGCCACUUAUUUUUGUUGUCAUUGGAAAGAUGACAAACAGAUUUGUGACGAUUGGCCAAGCAGUAAAUAUGUCUUCAGCUGUGAUGAAUAGUAGCUCUACUUGUCCAGUAAUGCCAGGUUUGGAUAUAGAAGCUGAAAUGACCAGGUUUGCCUACUACUAUGUGGGUAUUGGCUUUGCUGUAGUGAUACUGAGCACCAUCCAAGUCUGGACAUUUCUGACCUCAGCUGCAAGACAGACAGCAAGAAUCCGACAAAAGUUUUUUUAUGCAGUACUUCACCAGGAAAUAGCUUGGUUUGAUAUCAGCAAGAUUGGAACGUUGAACACCCGACUGACGGAGUGA